GCGCCAUGAAGCUGAAUUGAUCCAAGUCACUAUAUAGUUCGUUUAAGCCGAGAAUCAACGCUGCUCUUACCCGCGUUUAUGUUGGCUCAGAAGUGUUCCCACCAAAAAUCGACGCAGAGGGAAAACCAGAGACAUCAUGUUCAGCUUUUGGUCUCUUGCCAUCUCCCUUUGGGGCUUCGGAGUUGCACAGGCACAGUUCCUUGCACUCCAAAGCAAGCCAGCCUCGGAGCAGACAGAGCUUGAGAAGUUGCGAGAAGAGUUGAAGUACUGGAAGUUUCGCUAUGGGAACCUACUGGACAUGUAUAGCGAGCUCAGCAGCCAGCCGACCUUGAUCGAAGACUUGCCCUUGGAUGAGAGGACCUUUAUGCCAGGCAACGUCCAACAUUGCCGAAACUCAGUUGCUGCCGUCACUCCGACACAGGGCACCAACCCAGAGUCUGAGCCGAAGAUUGAGUACAGCAACUACAGCUAUGUGGUGUACUCUCCAGGAAGCCGCUAUGCGGCCAAUCUUAAGAAGUCCUUGGAUGCCGCAGAUGCCACCUUGGAGUCAGUGAAGGCGUUGGAAUUUCAAGGUCAAGUCCCUGCCAUUAUGUUUGACAUCGACAACACUUUGGCAUAUACGGGCUUCAACGACACCGACAUCCUGGGCAAGGCACCUCCUAUGCACCGUGCAGUGGAUUUUGCGAAACGCUGGUGCCGCUUCGGGGCCGAAAAGGCAGACGAGGACUCGAAAGCAGCGCCCUUCGAGUGCUUUUUCAUCACGGCCCGAUACUGCACCAGUUUGAAGGCAAAGGCUACGAAGCUUUGGGUCAUGGAGAACUUCCCGGUGGAUGAGGAGUGGAUGCAGAAGCAUGUUUUCAUGACAGGUGGCAUUGGUGGCUGCAAGUCGCAGGGCUGUUCCGUUGCGUACAAGUCGGUCCUCAGGAACUGGCUCCAUGCUCACCAAAACAUCUAUUGGGUUAUGAGUGUGGGCGAUCAGUUGACUGACAGUGCUGGAUCUCAGUCGGGGGUUCGGGUAAAGGUGCCGAACUUUUGGUUCGACUCCAGCGUAGUGCCCAACCCACAAGAGAACGGCGGAGAAAUCCGCCUGCAGGCUGACAGAAGCUUCGGCCCAAAUACGGAUGAGUGCAAGUUGAAGUGCGUCAUCGGUCCUGACCACGAAUGCAUUGAUGCUGGCAUGAACAACGAUGCCAUCCACAAAUUCACUGAGCUUGAGUACUGCUUAGCGCAGGAUGCUCAAAAGGCACCAGACCAAGUCAUGGGGUGCACAAUCAAUCUCAUGACCUUGGAGAGGACUUGCUGAGCUGCUGACGUGCUUCAUCACUUCCGGUGACACAGAGAGCUGCUUUGACGCUUUUGCUGGUUCAACCUGGUUGUACAGGUCCAAGAGACAAAUGCUUUGAACACUUUUGACCAGCGAAGGUUGUUGCUCGCGUGGGCGAGCCUCCUUGUACGUCUCCAAAAUCAAGGGAUUUCUGGAAGACCUCGCCAAAGUGCGGCAAAUUCAGAUCGUGCGGGUUGUGGGUCUGAUCUUGUUUGGUCCCAUGCCAUAUCGCUCUUGUCAAAA